CAGACUUCCGGUCGGUUGUUUGUGUACGGGAAGAAGAAGAGCGUACGGUUGUUACAUUUAGGCAGUCAUUUUGACAAUUAACAGAGCUGUUACUUGAAUGCGUACAGUAUUUAUUGGUCCAGAAUUUCUACACAGAGAUGUCGGAAGACUUGGUGAAACAGUUAAGCAGUUAUAAAGCCCAGCUACAGCAAGUAGAAGUUGCUUUAUCAACUGACCCAGACAAUGAAGACCUCCUUAAACUCCAGAAAGACUUACAGGAAGUCAUUGAUUUGACAAAAGACCUCCUGUCUUCACAACCAGCUGAUGGUGCUUCAACAGCUAAUGGGUCAGAGCCAGUUCCCCUUAAGCAUGGCUGGAAAGUAGGAGACAGAUGCAUGGCUGUGUGGAGUCAGGAUGGACAGGUUUAUGAUGCUGAGAUUGAGGAGAUAGACCGGGAGAAUGGUACUGCCGCCGUUACCUUCUCUGGCUAUGGGAAUGCUGAAGUGAUCCCUCUGGUGAACCUCAAAGCAGCGGAGGAGGGGAAACGUGAUGAAGAUGGAAGCAUAAAGCCCAAAUCAAAGAAAGAGCAAAUAGCAGAGCAGAGGGAGUACAAGAAGAAGAAAGCCCAGAAGAAGGUACAGAGAAUGAAGGAGUUGGAGCAAGAGAGGGAAGAACAGAAGUCAAAGUGGCAACAGUUCAACAACAAAGCUUACUCAAAGAACAAGAAAGGACAGGUAAAAAGGAGCAUAUUUGCAUCUCCAGAGAGUGUAAACGGGAAGGUGGGAGUGGGCACAUGUGGUAUUGCAGACAAACCUAUGACCCAGUAUAAUGAUACGUCAAAAUAUAACGUCAGACAUUUAAUGCCACAAUGACCUAUUCUAUUCUGUAUAUAAUGAUACACUGUAUACCAGCUACACCGGUGAUUUCCAUUGUGUUAUACAUGAUUUAAGUUGUCUAGUACAGAAAGCUUUGAAUUGACUGGCUUGCACACCAUUCUUUGAAAUAUUGAUGUAGUUUUCUUAUAUAUUAUGUAUUAAGAACAAAUAUUCCAGGGAAAAGGGACUUACCCUGACCUGGAACAAGGCCACCUGUUCUGUAACAACAGGAAGUAAUGUGUAGAAAAGCUGUAGGGGUUGCUGUUGACGUCCAGGUUCCACAGAGGCCAAAUACUGGCAAUGUACUCGUGUAGAUUUGGUUUGUAAAUUUACGGCCUGAUUUGUACUGAGCAGGUCUUAAGCAGCCAGUAAACCAAUAAUAAUGAUGAUUUGUGAUCGCUGAAUUUUAAUUUCUGUAUAUACACCAGUGAAAUAAACAUUGUUUUGUUUCCCAUUUUUAAAAUAGUUUCCAUCUUAUUUUGAAUGGUUUUAUAAAAUACAGUAUUUUCAUUGUGCUUGUCAGUUCCUGUAGAUGGCAGUGUAGACUUUAUCUUUAAUAAUAAAGCUAUGUUGUAUGCUGCAGCUGUUAACAUAACCCUUCACACAUUAAAGUUGAGUUUUUUUCCUAUG